AUGUCUGAUAUUAAGGAAACUACCGAGGCUCUGGCCAAGACCUAUCUCGACGAGGAGACCGGCGAGCAGGUCUCCAAGUCCGAACUCAAGAAGCGACAGAAGCUUCGAGAUCUGGCCCGAAAGAAGGCCGAGAAGGCUGCCGCCCAGCCCAAGACCGAGAAGAAGGAGAAGGGCCCCAACGAGGAGGAGCUGACCCCCAACCAGUACUUUGAGAUCCGAUCUCGACAGAUUGAUGCUCUGCGACAGUCCAAGACUCCCAACCCUUACCCCCACAAGUUCAACGUCACUACCAAGGUGGACGAGUUUGUGGAGAAGUACAAGGGUCUUGCUCGAGGAGAGAUCAAGAAGGACGAGGAGGUUUCUGUUGCUGGCCGAGUGCACACCCUGCGAGCUGCUGGCUCUAAGCUGCGAUUCUACGUUCUCCACCAGGAGGGCAAGACCGUGCAGAUCAUGGCCCAGGGCCAGGACAAUGAGGGUGACUGGGGUAUCCAUGAUCUGAUCCGACGAGGAGAUGUCAUUGGUAUCCGAGGUUACCCCGGCCGAACCGAGCCCAAGAAGGGUGGUGAGGGUGAGCUUUCCGUCUUUUGCAAGGAGCUCGUGCUGCUGACCCCCUCUCUGCAUAUGCUGCCUACCCACCAGUCUGGCUUUAAGGACGUUGAGACCCGAUUCCGACAGCGAUACCUUGAUCUGAUCAUGAACGACUCCACCCGAGAGCGAUUCAUUGUGCGAUCCAAGAUCAUCCAGUACAUCCGAAAGUUCCUGGACAACAAGGACUUCAUUGAGGUCGAGACCCCCAUGAUGAACAUCAUUGCCGGAGGAGCCACCGCCAAGCCUUUCGUCACCCACCACAACGACCUCAACCUCGACAUGUACAUGCGAAUCGCCCCCGAGCUGUACCUGAAGCAGCUUGUGGUUGGAGGUAUGGAGCGAGUCUACGAGAUUGGCCGACAGUUCCGAAACGAGGGCAUUGAUCAGACCCAUAACCCCGAGUUCACAACCUGUGAGUUCUACGAGGCCUAUGCCGACGUCUACGACCUCAUGGAGACCACCGAGCUGCUCUUCUCCGAGAUGGUCAAGGAGAUCACCGGAGGAUACAAAAUUGAGUACCAGCCCCAGGGCCCCGAGGGCGAGACUCUCACCAUUGACUUCUCUCGACCCUGGAAGCGACUCGACAUUAUCGGCACUCUUGAGGAGAAGCUGGGUGUCAAGUUCCCUCCUGGAGAUCAGCUGCACACCGCUGAGACCAACCAGUUCCUGCAGGAGCAGCUCAAGAAGGUCGGUCUUGUCUGCACUCCUCCUCUUACCAAUGCCCGAAUGCUGGACAAGCUGAUUGGCGACUACCUGGAGGACACCUGUAUCAACCCCACCUUCCUGUACGGCCAUCCUGAGAUGAUGUCUCCUCUGGCCAAGUACUCUCGAGACCGACCCGGUAUCUGUGAGCGAUUCGAGGUCUUUGUGGCCACCAAGGAGAUCUGUAACGCCUACACCGAGUUGAACGAUCCCUUUGACCAGCGACAGCGAUUCGAGGAGCAGGCUCGACAGAAGGACGCCGGUGACGAUGAGGCUCAGCUUGUUGACGAGACCUUCUGCACCGCCCUUGAGUACGGUCUGCCCCCUACUGCCGGAUGGGGUUGUGGUGUUGAUCGACUCACCAUGUUCCUGACCAACUCCAACACUAUCAAGGAGGUUCUUCUGUUCCCCGCCAUGAAGCCUGAACAGACCUCCGAUAAGAAGGAGCAGCAGGAGUAG